UGUUCUAAACUCUGGAGGGUAUAAAUGAAGACAUAAAGCAGCAUCAGCUGAGGUUGUACUCUGUGAGCAGGAUGUACUUUUAGGUUGAAUUCAUCCAAUCUGGUGUCACAAACUCUUUCAAUAGUGGCUACAAAAACACCAAGCUGAUACAGAAGCUCCUCUUCCUGGUUUGUACUGAAAUCUGAGAACUCAUCCCUCCUCUACCUGGUUCCCAGAACAACCAAUCCCAUUCAGUCCACGUGUUUCCUGCAACCCUUCACAGAUCUCAGAGUCCACAUAUGGGUGUAACCAACAUGUUGUGAAGUGCAAGUCAUACCUGAGAGUGAAUGUGAAGAGUUAGAGAUCAGGUUUUGUGUCUCAUAUGAGGAAGUGAAACGAUCUGACAUUCAGUGUCUCUGAGAGGUGAAAUGGAGCAGCAAGGAAUUCAGAUGGACCAGGAGAAACUCUGUUGUUCGAUCUGUUUGGAUCUACUGAAGGAUCCGGUGACUAUUAACUGUGGACACAACUACUGUAUGGACUGUAUUGGAAGUCACUGGGAUGGAGAGGAUAAGAAGCAUAUCUACAGCUGUCCUCAGUGCAGACAGAUGUUCACACCGAGGCCUGACCUCAAGAAAAACACGGUUUUAGCAGAUGUAGUGGAGGAAGUGAAGGCAAGACUUGAAUCUGUUCCAGCUGAUCUCUGCUAUGCUGGACCUGGAGAUGUGUCCUGUGAUUUCUGCACUGGGAGGAAACUGAAAGCUGUCAAGUCCUGUCUGCAGUGUCUGGUCUCUUACUGUGACCAACACCUCCAGCCUCACUAUCAUGUUGCUGCAUUAAAGAAUCACAAGCUGGUGGACCCGUCCAAGAAGCUUCAGGAGAACAUCUGCUCUGGUCACAAUGAGGUGAUGAAGAUUUUCUGUCGCACUGAUCAGCAGUGUAUCUGUUAUCUGUGCUCCUUGGAUGAACAUAAAGGCCACAACACAGUUUCAGCUGAAACAGAAAGGAAGGACAAGCAACAAGUUGUUGGGUUGAAUCAAGAAAAGAUCCGACAGAGAAUCCAGGACAGAGAGAAAGAUGUGAGGAUGCUUCAGCAGAAGGUGGAAGCCAUCAAUCAGUCUGCUGACAAAGCUGUAGCCAACAGUGAGGAGACCUUCAAAGAUCUCAUCUGUCUCAUUGAGAAAAGAAACUCUGAUGUGAAGCAGCAGAUCAGAUCCAAGCAGACAGAUGAGGUGAGAAAAGUCAGAGAUCUUGAGGAGAAGUUGAAGCAGGACCUUGUUGAGUUGAGAAGGAGAAGCUCUGAGCUGGAGCAGCUGUCACAAACAGAAGACCACAUCCAGUUUCUACACAAUUAUCCUCUAAUGUCAGAUCUCAGUGAAUCCACAAACCCAGCCAACAUCAGCAGUGUUCAUCGUCUGCAAUACUUUGAUGACGUUACAGUGGCUGUGUCAAAGACCAGAGAUAAACUACAGGAUAUUCUGAAAGAAGACUGGACCAAGACCUUACCAAGACCUGAGGAUGUUUCAAGAUUUGGAACUUGGAAUUUAAUUAGAAAGGCUGUUUCAGGAUUCAAGACCCUGUCACCAGCAGAACCAAAGACCAGAGCAGAGUUCCUACAGUAUUCAUGUCACCUCACACUGGAUCCAAACACAGCACACAAUUGUUUAUCAUUGUCUGAGGGGAACAGGGAAGCAAGAGUGGACUGGACACUGAUACUGCCAUCUGAUCAUCAUCCAGACAGAUUCAUGGAAAAGCGGCAGGUCCUGAGCAGAGAGAGUCUGACUGGACGUUGUUACUGGGAGGUUGAACAAAGACCAGCUGAAGCUUCAGUAGCAGUCGCAUACAAGGACAUUAGCAGAACAGGACGAGAAAGUAAAUUUGGGUACAACGACAGAUCUUGGGCUUUAAAAAAAUCUGCUAAAUUCAUUCACAACAGCAUCAAAACUCUCAUCUCAGGUCCUCGGUCUCCCAGAAUCGGAGUCUAUCUGGAUCACAGUGCAGGUAUUCUGUCCUUCUACAAAGUCUCUGACACCAUGACUUUGAUCCACAGAGUCCAGACCACAUUCACUCAGCCUCUCUACGCUGGAAUUAGUGUGGAUGUUUUCAGCUCUGUUGAACUGUGUGAGCUCAAGUAGACAGAUGUUAUCAAGGAGCCAAAGAGUUAAAAUCUGUUCGUGUAAAUUGAUCUUUGUCUCUGUGCUGUGGUGUUUCUGCUCCAAAAGUCCUAAAUAUUUGUUAUUGAGUGUUGACUGGAGUGAAUCUUUGACUUUCUGCACACAUAAAAACCAUUUUAGUCAAAGCAGAUGUUGACCUCAAAGUGUGCAGCUGCUUCAAGUAGAAUGAAAUUACGAGGACGGAGAAUCAAACUUGCUCCAUCAUUUUCAUUUAUAACUCUGAAUAUACUCACAGUAAGAAGCUAAAAUGUUGCUGGGCUUCCUUAAAUGUGCUAAAGUUAUUGUACAUGACUUGUGGGGAAAUGAGCUUCUAAUACUGUUGUGUUUGAAAAUCUUGAUUGUCAAUGGAAAUGUUUGAUGAGUACAAAAAAAAAGUAGAUUAACGUAGUUGAUGAUUUUAACUUUGUUUUCUUGAAUGCUGAAGAAUGUAAACCUGUAUUAUUAUUAUGACUCUACCAAUAAUCAAUAAGGACAACACUGAUUAUCUUCUUAUACAGUGGAGACAAACUAACUGAACA